ACCUGAUCGACUUGACAGCAUUGGGCGUUUCCAAACACUGGGGUAGAAGAGCAAGUUGGUGAACUCUCCGUGGAUCAUCGAGACAGAUCAGCGGGACUAAAGCCAAGACCGGCGUGACAUCGACCUGAAAGAGCAGAAGUAGGACAAUCACCAUGAGCAGGUGUCUGAUUAGCCAGGCGGAGGUGCAGAGCUUCAUCGAAAGAUGUAUGAUUGCGGUGGGAACCAAGCCGCACCACGCCCGCAGCCUGGCAGAGGUCCUGGUGGAAGGAGACCGCAGGGGCCACUACAGCCAUGGACUGAACAGGAUGGAUAUGUACGUGAAAGACAUCAAGACUGGGAUCUGUGCCAAGGACGGUGAGCCGGUCAUCGAGAAGGAGUCUGCGGCCACAGCGCUGGUGGAUGGGAAGAACCUCCUGGGCCCAGUGGUUGGCAACUUCUGCAUGGACCUGGCCAUAAAGAAGGCCAAGGAAGUGGGCAUUGGCUGGGUGGUGGCGCACGGUUCCAACCAUUAUGGUAUCGCUGGGUACUAUGCAAUGCAGGCUCUGAAGGAAAAUAUGAUUGGCAUGUCAUUCACCAACACAUCCCCACUGGUGGUGCCUACUCGCGGUAAAGAGUGCACCCUGGGCACCAAUCCCAUUAGUGUGGCAGCUCCCGCUAAACACGGGGACAGCUUUGUUCUGGACAUGGCCACAUCAGCAGUCGCACUUGGAAAGAUUGAGCUCCAUGACAGGCGGGGGGACAGCAUCCCGGAGGGCUGGGGUUGCGACCCCCAGGGCAAGCUGACCACUGACCCUGGACGGGUGCUGAAGGGAGGAGGACUGCUUCCCAUUGGUGGAAGUGAAGCUACAGGUGGUUACAAAGGCUAUGGUCUAGGAAUGAUGGUGGAGGUGUUUUGUGGCAUCCUGGCUGGUGCUGAGUACAGCCGAAAUGUCCGCAAGUGGAAAGAAACCAACCGUGUUGCCAACCUGGGUCAGUGUUUCGUGGCGAUCAACCCAGAAAACUUUGCCCCUGGGUUCAGUGACAGGAUGUCAGAUCUGCUAUCCAUCCAGAGAGGGCUGGAUCCAUCUGACCCUGAUAGUCCCGUGCUAGCUGCUGGGGAUCCAGAGAGGGCGAACAUGGCUAAGUGCGAGGCGAUGGGUGGCAUCAGCUACCACCUCAAUGUCGUCAACUUCAUGAACGAAUGCGCUAAAGAAAAUUGCGUCAGCCCACUGCUGCCAUGCGACAAGCUCAUCUCCAAUUAAUCCGUCGAGUCAGGAUGCUCAGCUUUGGAGGUCUGGCUCUGAUUGAGAAUGUGGCACUUACUCCCAACCCGGAAGUCCAUGCUGAACAGUCUUGGAAAGGAUCCCAGGUUUAAAGAGCUUGGAAUUGCAGCUAUGUUUACAGAUAUUGCACAGUGUCUAAUGUGUCAUAUUUCGAUUGAUUUUAUUUGAUUAUCAAAAGUAGGCAUUUCAAUCAUUUCAAAUCCCCAGUGUUUUAAUCAAUAUGAUAUGUGUGUCACUGGUAGUAAAAUGACAAAUUAGUUCUCUUUUUUGUGGAACAUCUUGAGAUACACUUUAAAUUGAAAAUGUGUAUCUCUAUGAUAUCUUAAGAUAUAUCCUCAGUAUACCUCCCGCAUAAUGUCCAGAUGUGUGAAAGUAUAUCUUUUUAUAUGUGUAGCCUAUGUGAAGAUGUGUCUCAAGACAUCGCUGAUGACUAUAUAUGACUAUGAAAAGUGUUUUUAGGUAUCUGUGAACCUUGACAACGUGCCCAUUCCCAUUUAAAUUUUAAUAUGGUUGAACUCUAAUGAACAGUUUUGCUUUAAUACUUUAGUACUAUUACAGUGCUAUUGCUUUAAGAUGACCACCAGAAUGUAAGUCAACUCGAAGUUUCACUUUUUAUCAGAAGGUCUGCAUAAACAAAAUCAUUAUAGCUUGCCUUAUUCAAUAAAGGUUAAAUAAAACAAAAUCUAGUC